CCCUUGAUUCGAUCCCGCAAUCACUUGAAUCUCGUCUAUCGUCUUAGAACAGAUUUUCAAUGAGAACAAUCGUCGUCUUUUCCAUAAAUUGAUCGCAACAUACGCUGCAGAAGAAGCUCAGUAGCUCAACAUCAUUUUGAGCUCAUUUAUCUUCAGUUUUAGCCAUAUUUGGCGUAUCGUUGGCCCUACCGUAUACAAUCUAGCUUGUACUCUGAGAAUCUGGCAGCACUGCUCGGCAGCACAGCUGACGGGCACCGUUACUCUGCAAAAAGCGUGCGUGCUUCGCUUCGGAUUUCCCAAAUUUCAAUUUUCAUUGCAGAUCAGCAAAAACUGUGUGAAAGUCAUAGAAAAUGAACAAUUUUAUCGAACCUCCAGCUGCAUCGCCCAGCAUAGGCGAUGCGGGGCGCAUUAAUAUGCAGAACAUCGAUCAGUUCUUUGUGCCGAGAUUCGAAAAGCGCAGCAGCGUUGCCGCCACACACCUGCCAUUGCCGCUGCAGCAUUUGUUUCCUGUGUCGCCUGUGGUGCCGCCGUCUGUGGUGACGGCAGUGGGUCCCGAAGUCGAAUCCCCGCAGCCAUCGCGUUCGCGGAUGGCGCAAAUGGAAAUCUAUUGGAGUGGUAUAGCGACCGUGAAUAAAACGAUGACCAGGGAUAUCACCAAAACAGACAACAGCCUCAACAACAGCAACAAUGGAAGCCUGCUGUGCGCCGGCUGCGGCAAGCACAUCAAGGACCGUUACUUGCUGCGCGCCCUGGACAGGCUGUGGCACCAGAACUGCCUCAAGUGCGGCUGCUGCGACUGUCGCCUGGGCGAAGUGGGGUCCACCCUCUACAAGACGGGCAAACUAAUGCUGUGCAAGCUUGAUUAUUUUCGAUUAUUUGGCAACACGGGCUACUGUGCCGCCUGCAGCAAGCUGAUCUUCGCCUAUGAGAUGGUGAUGCGCGCCCGCACCAAUGUCUACCAUUUGGAUUGCUUCGCCUGCCAGCAGUGCAACCAUCGAUUGUGCGUUGGCGAUCGGUUCUAUUUGUGCAAGAACAAGAUUCUCUGCGAGUACGACUACGAGAAGUGCCUGCUCUUCGCCACGAUGGCCGCUGGGGUCCCGGGUGCCGCCGGCGGACUGCCCGGCGGAGGACCAGGCGUCGCCAACAUGGGUGUGAGCGUGGGCAUGGUGAACAGUCCGCGCACCCCCGGCGACCACAACAACAACAAGGGACCCCAGACGCCCACCGGAGGCGGCUCUCCGCUUGCGGCCGCGGCCACUGCCGCUGCUGAAGAACCAGCUAGGGGCGUCCAGACAAAAAAAAGCCCUGGGCAUGGGCGCGCCUAGGAGGAGGAGCGUCUGGAGCCAUUGGAGCAGCAGGAGGAGGAACAGCUAAAAAACAAUAUUCUACAACCGCAACUGAAUCGAGAAGGGUAGAUCGUGGCUCGUCGCUCUUGGAUCGAGGGAGACAGGGGGAGAGAGACCGCGAGAUUUGAUGCCACAUGAUUACGGAUAAUGAAGUCGAUAUUCAAUCUUCGUUUGCUUUUGACUGAGCUCAAGUCUUAUAGUGUUAUAGUUUUAGUUUUUGGUUAAGUUGUCUCACAAAUCACUUGCUGAAUGUUGCACAUGUUGCAGGUGCAGAACUAAGUUUUCAUUUCCCUUUCGAAUGGGCAAAUAUUCGUUUCAUAGAUCGAUUUUUUUUUUUUUUUUUGUCGAGUGUGUACCUCUUCAUAUGGGUAUACUCGUAUUCGCAUUCAUAUUCAUAUUGAUAUUGAUAUAUGUAACAAAUAGUUUUUAGUUUUCACGCUCGAAGCGUUGCGGUGCCAAAAUAAAUUCAAACAUUUUUCUUGUUUCCCCCCUAUUCAUCA